AUAACCUGAAUAAAAGCAAUUGUAUAUCCAGGUUAUCCAUGUUUUAUUUGAUCAGCUACUAUUUAUUUUUGAUCGGAAACCAACUUCUUAAAAGUUAAAACUAAGCGAUAUUAGGAUUUCGUGCUUUGACACGAAAUAAUGGAAUAUUCUAAUCCAUUUUAGUUUUGCUAGUACUAAAAGUAAAUUAGUUGAAUAAAGCUCAAUUUUGCAUAAAUUUGCUAUCAACAUUUUUUCGUGUAGAAUAGAAUGGCUUAACACUAUUAUGCUUAUCAAUCAAACAAAAAUUAGUACUAGAUAAAACGACAUUAUUACAGUUAUCCAAUUCCCCAUUUUGACAGAAAGUUGAGACUACCCCUCCAUAUCCUUUGUGAUAUAAAGAAAGAAAAUAUGUUUCAAUAAUAAUCACUUUGAUCAUGGCCCAAAUCAUUCCCACCCAUGGAAAUGAUGUUCAUCAUCAAACUUUUUUUUUAAUAAAAAAGAAUACUAAUAAUAAGGCAGACCCACAUCAAACAAAAAAAUUAAACUAACUAAUAAUUUCCUUCUUUCAUAGCAAUAAGCAAAUAACAUAAAUAUUUGAUCAAUCAACAUUCUCAAAGUCACAAUCUUUGAACUAAAAUAAACACUAUGGAACUAGCAUUAACAUCAACAGAUCAUCAUCUUCAGUUGAGCAAUAAUCCAUCGCCUUCGGAGGCACAUCCAGACAGUAUGGACUUUCUAUCUCGAGAAUGGUGUAAUUUUGCGGUUCAAUCGCUUCAGCCUGACCAUUACGACCGUUCCAUUGUCCCCGUAGAGACAUCGAUCGCCAAGUUUCAAGGCGACUCAAGUCCUGUUUCUUGUUCUAAGAUGGAUAAGAGUCUGAAGAUGGACGAUCCAGAUUUUAAGCCCUCGAUGCCUUCAUGGAAAACAAAUGAUGUCAAGUCAUGGAUAUGGAUGCAACAAGCAAUGCACCCGGAACUGAGCUACGAAGGCUUCUUCCGCAAGAAACUUAAACUUCCAUGGAAGAUUACGCCGUCGAUAAAGAAAUGGUGGAAAGAGAUUAAAGCGAAACGAAAGGAAGAAGUGAGGCUACAGAGAGCUGAAGUCCACGCCGCCGUUUCGUUAGCCGGUCUGGCCGCCGCUCUUGCCGCCGUAGCUUCCGAGAAAGCUGAAAAGGACGGUGGUAAUAAUCGACCAAACACGAAAGAGGCAGCCGUGGCGUCUGCGGCCGCUGUGGUGGCAGCGCAGUGUGCUCAGAUGGCAGAGACAAUGGGAGCAAACAGAGACCAGCUCAGUACAAUGAUUGGUUCGGCCAUGACUGGGACAAGUGUCAGUGAGAUACUCGCUCUCACUGCCUCAGCUACAACUUCUUUGAAAGGUGCUGCGACGCUAAAAGCAAGAAGAAGUUGCAAUAUCAAUAGAUUGAGCGGCUCUGCGCCUGUGUUACCUAUUGAAGAAUCUUCUGAGUUGCCUCCUGAAUUUGACAAGAACAGAUACCUUCUUUCUCAAGGAACCGAUCUCUUUGUUGAGACACCAGAUGGGGAUUUCAAGGCUAGGACAGUGUCUAUAGUCUUAAACAAGAAAGGGAAGGUGAUUCUUAAAAUGAAGAAACAUAACUUACUCAGGACUAAGAAAGAAUGUGUUGUGACAAAUGUUCAUGUGGAACUUUAUAAAGAUUCGGAGAGCGAAGACAACAACAUAGAAGACACUUGUUAUCUCAUUGUCCUGAAGACGAACAGAGGAGCUAUGAAACUAGACAUGGCUGAUGAUUACGGUCGUUACAAGACAUGGAUCACAACCAUCCAACACAUGCUCACUCUCUCCUCUUCUUCUUCCUUUCGUUCAAAAUACGAUCUCACUUUCUACAACAAAAACUGAUUUUUUUUUUACACUUGUUCUUUAAUAUCUAUAUUUAAUUUGCAUUUUUAUUUUACCUCCUCCUUUGUUGUUAUAAUAUGAUGAAUAAAAACUUGAGAACUUACGUUCUUCUAGACUCCACAAACAUCAGCUAGCUUUCUAAGUAAAGUAACCUGAGAUUUGAGAAGCAUGAGAUGUUGAAUUGACUUGAGAAUCAAGGCUCCUCCCUUCUACUUCUUCACAACCUGGUAUAAUCAUACGAAGAAUCCCUAGGUUUCUUCGCAUACAAGUUUCAAGGAACCUCGGUUUCCCCUUUCGUCCCCUACGACCAUGGUGCUUGACCUUCUUGCACUUCACCACCUUCAUCGUAUCUUA